UGUUGUUGACCUGCUUGUUGUUGUUUGCUGAUGUCCAGAGAGUGAACACGAUAAACAUGGCAACUCCCAGGCCCAAAUCUCCAAAACCUGCUGGACCUACAAGGAAAGACGACAAGGAAGAAUCUUUUUGGGAGAAAAUUGGUACUCUUGGCAGGAAGAAGCGUAUCAAGGAAGUGCAAGAAUUUCAAGAUGAAGGGAAGCAUGCCAUUGACUCUCCUGGAAGUCCAACGGCUAUUGAUCAUCCUCCUGAAGACUACGAUUUAGGUGAAAAUGAAGAAAGAGCCAUAAUUGAGACUAAAUCAAUGGAAAGUGCCAAAUUCAAGGAACUCGUAACUGUUCUCAUUGAAUGGAUAAAUGAUGAAUUGGCUAAUCAGCGCAUCAUUGUUAAAUACAUUGAUGAAGAUUUGUAUGAUGGACAAAUUUUGCAGAAAUUAUUGGAGAAACUUACUAAAGAAAAACUUGAUGUACCUGAGGUAACACAGUCUGAGGAGGGUCAAAAGCAGAAACUGAGAAUUGUUCUUGGUACAGCCAAUAAAGUUCUUGGACUUCCCAGAUGGUCAGCUCAAAAAUGGAGUGUGGAAAGUGUUCACUCUAAGAAUAUUGUUUCCAUUUUGCACCUGCUUGUUGCGUUGGCUCGUCAGUUUCGGGCCCCUGUGCGUUUGCCAGAAAAUGUGGCAGUUAGUGUCAUCAUUGUUCAGAAAAAAGAUGGGACCUUGACUCAUAGAACAGUUACAGAAGAAAUCACAUCAACAUAUGAAGACUUGGGCAUGCGCUGUGAGAAAGAUGCAUUUGACACUCUUUUUGAUCACCCUCCUGAUAAGCUUAAUGUAGUCAAACGGUCACUGAUUACUUUUGUCAACAAGCAUUUGAAUAAAAUAAACCUGGAGGUUUCUGAGCUAGAAACGCAGUUCCACGAUGGAGUUUAUUUGACUCUUCUCAUGGGGCUCCUUGAAGGUUUCUUUGUUCCUUUGUAUGAUUUCUACCUCACACCUCAAGAUUUUGACCAAAAAGUUCAUAAUGUUAACUUUGCCUUUGAGUUAAUGCAAGACACUGGACUUGCCAAACCAAAAGCUCGCCCUGAAGAUAUUGUCAAUCUUGAUUUAAAAUCAACCCUUCGAGUUCUUUACAACUUAUUCACCAAGUAUAAAAAUAUGAGCUGAGGGAUUUUAUGAGAAGGUGGCUAGAGGUGACUGGAAAAUUUCCUUGAAUUUUUGUAUUAAUAAUUUUAUUCAGAAAAACAACAAGUCAGAAGAUUGUCUGCAUAAUUUUAUCAUUAUACUGUAGUACAUGACGCUUUCUAUUUCUUCUGUGAGACGAGCUUCAGACUGUGUAGGUGUUAACAACACAUUUAACUGUAAACGCCAUUUAAUUCUUAACAGGGUAACUUAUGAGCCUUAUAGUUGUAACUAUUGUGUGUUAAAAUCAUAUUUUUUGUCAGGAUAUUUGGUAUAUCUUUUCAUUUGAUACAAUUUCAAAAAUUGUUACCAAAAUGAUUUUAUGUCAGUUUUCUAUGCCUAUCUUGUAAAGAUCAAUUUACAUUUUUUCACAUCCAUCUAACUCACUGCCAUUGUCAUUGUGUCUUAAAUUAUUUUAUAUUGAUGUUACUUGAAGAUGAGUGUGCUUGCAUUUUAGUAGUAUUAUAUUUACAAACUAAGUCACUAUAGUAUAUCUUAUUAACAUGUGGUAAAGUGUGUAUGACAAGUACUAACUGCCAGAUACAAAUUAUCUUAUUAAAUUAUUUAUUAAUUUAA